AUGUUUGAGUCCGAGCGGUAUCGUCGAGAAGGCAAGGGGUACUACCCGAACAGCAGUGCCGCGGCUUUUGUUGGUAGCGGCAAUGACAACAUCUUCAGCUGGUACCCAGUGUUUGCAAACUCAAGCGCGAGUGUAAAUGCCAACCCGAAUGCCGAUUGGCGAUGCAAGCUGUCUAUUGCCCUAGAUGUAGCCAUGGGACUUGUCUAUCUCCACGCUAACAACCUCGCACACGGCCGUGUUUGCGCACGAAAAGUAUUGUUGAACAAGCAGGGCGAGGCCAAGCUUAGUGCAAUGGACGUGCUGCUGCCGUCAGACGUAGCACAGAGCAAAGAUGAUAACCAUGGCAUGGCGGACCAUUUCCGUGGCUCACUCCGAGACAGCGCUCUUUGGACGGUGCAGAGGAUCACUGGUGUAACACGCACGUUGAGAGGUCCAAAGCGUUGGGUAUCAGAGAAUCCUGGCCGUAGUCGCUAUGCGAACAACAGUGAAGAGAGUGAUGUGAGUGGGGUGAGCAGCGUGACGCUCGACGACAACAACAGCCAAAUGGGCGACAACCCCGCGUUCGACGAAAUGUCGGACGAGUUUGAUGAAAACUCGGUCAAGUCCAGCGGCAUCGGGUCAUCCAUCGUGGCAGCUCAGCGUGACGACGUGUACGCAUUCGGCACGUUCCUAUGGGAGCUCGACACGAUGAUUGUGGUGGAGGAAGACCUGGCGAGCUCAAGGAUUACGACUGGUAUCGGUGGUAACCCACACUUACUCAAGUUCUCAGCAGACUGUCCAUUGGAGCUGCAGGAGUUGGCUCGCCAGUGCUGGCACGAGGUGCCGACCGAGCGUCCCGAUGCGAUCGACGUGCAAGAGGAGCUAGUGCGUGUGCUAGAAGGCCGCUUGACUACUAGUGGUAAAGUGCCGCCGCCCAACUGGACACGACCUAGCUAUCUGAGUUCUACCAGCGCCAUCAGUAGUCUGUCAAGUUCCGAGCUGUCCUCCAACAUGUCUUCGUUACCGAGCUCACGUUCUAUGAUGGCUGUAGCUGAUCUAUGA